UGGCCGAAAGGCUGGUCAAGGAAAGGAGCUGCUCUUCACGGCGGCGGCGACCUAGGUGCGUUUGCACUACAUACUACAACACAUGAGAUCCACAGACUAACUUCCCGUAGUUGGCGCAACUGAUGCCUACGAACAGGCCCUCAAGCUUGACGCCAACAAUGCCCAGGCCAAGUCUGGUCUUGAGGCCGUGAGACGGGCGAUUGAAGCAGAGGCAAGAGCUGACGGUCUGGGCGGUGACCCAAGCGGCGGCCUAGGCAACCUCUUCAACGACCCGAGCAUGAUGACCAAGCUUGCAAGCAAUCCCAAGACGAGUUCUCUGCUCGGCGACCAGGAUUUUAUGCGCAAGCUACAGAGACUGCAGUCAAACCCGAAUGCUAUAGGCGAGGCACUGCAAGAUCCGCGCAUGCUGCAGGUCAUGAGUGUUCUCCUCGGAAUCGAUAUGCAGAUGGGCAAUCCAGGUGCAGACGGUGGCGCUCAGGCUGGGCGUGCAACAGAGGCCGAAGAGGAUCUUCCAAUGCCGGAUGCCAGGCCGCCGCCGCCGCAGACACAAAAGGCACCAGAACCUGAGCCAGUAGAAGAAGAAAUGGAAGACGAGGAUGCUGUUGCGAGGCGCGAGGCCAAGGCCAAGGCUGACGAAGAGAAGAAGCUUGGUACUGACGCCUACAAGAAGCGACAGUUUGACACGGCCAUCGAGCAUUACAACAAAGCAUGGGAGAUUCACCAAGACAUUACCUACCUCACCAACCUCAGCGCCGCAAAGUUCGAGAAGGGAGACUACCAAGGCGCGAUUGAGGCGUGCCAGAAAGCCGUCGAUCACGGACGUGAGGUAUUCGCAGACUUUAAGAUUAUUGCAAAGGCCUUUGGACGUAUGGGCUCGGCGUACGAGAAACUCGGUGACAUGGCAAACGCAGUCGAAUACUACAACCGCUCCCUGACCGAGCACCGCACCCCGGAUGUCCUCAACAAGCUGCGCGCUGCGGAAAAAGCCAAGAUCAAGGCCGAGAAGGACGCCUACAUCGACCCGGCCAAGGCAGAGGAGGCCCGCGAGCUCGGCAACGCCAAGUUCAAGGAGAGCGACUGGCCCGCCGCGGUCGAGGCCUACAGCGAGAUGAUCAAGCGCGCCCCCACCGAUCCGCGCGGAUACUCGAACCGCGCCGCCUGCUUCAUCAAACUGCUCACCUUCCCCUCGGCAGUGCAGGACUGCGACGAGGCCAUCAAGCAGGACCCCGCCUUUGUCCGCGCCUACAUCCGCAAGGCCCAGGCGUACUUUGGCAUGCGCGAGUACAACAAGUGCGUCGACGCCUGUGCCGAAGCCACAGCAGCCGACAAGGACGGCAAAAACACGCGCGAGAUCCAGCAGCAGGAGCAGAAGGCGCUCAUGGCGCAGUACAGCGCGCGCGAGGGCGAGAGCGAGCAGGAGACGAUGGAGCGGAUACAGAGGGAUCCCGAGAUUGUCCAGAUCCUGCAGGAUCCCGUCAUGCAGAGCAUUCUGCAGCAGGCCAAGGACAACCCGGCCGCGCUGCAGGAGCACAUGAAGAGUCCGCACAUUGCGCGGAACGUGCAGAAGCUGGUUGCUGCCGGCGUGAUUCGGACGCGGUAGACGAUGCUUGACGGGGUUUGCGUGACGAGAUGGAAUGGGGAGGAAAGGAAGGAAAGGGAAAGGGAAAGGGAAAGGGAAAGGGAAAGGGAAAGGGAAAGGGAAAGGGAAAGGGAAGAGGGAAAGGGGAAAGGGGAAAGAAAAUAAAGUACGAGCCUGGGUCUGUGAGAGAGGG